AGGGCACACCAUGGCAGUGCCCGGCGAGGCCGCCCGAGUCUCGGACAAGCCCGGCCGCGGUGGGGUAAGCCAAGCCCCCGCAGCGGGCCCUGACUGCCACGCUUGUGCUGGCCCCUCGCCGCCCCGGCACUCGGGCUGCAGCGGCUGCUGGGGAGACCUGGGGUUGCAGCUGCUCCGGCGCUCCAGGAAACUUUCCUCGGCUCUGUGCGCGGGCUCCCUGUCCUUCCUCUUGGCGCUGCUGGUGAGGCUGGUCCGCGGGGAGGUCGGCUGUGACCUGGAGCCGAGCAGUGAGGUGGCGGCGGCGGAGGAAGCGGCCCCGGGAACUGAAGGGGGCGUCUUCGCAGGGCCUCGGGGAGGUGCUCCGGGGGGCGGCGCGCUGCUCAGUCCCUGGCUGCAGCCCUCGGCGCUGCUCUUCAGUCUCCUGUGUGCCUUCUUCUGGAUGGGCUUGUACCUCCUGCGCGCCGGGGUGCGCCUGCCUCUGGCUGUUGCGCUGCUGGCCGCCUGCUGCGGGGGGGAAGCGCUUGUCCAGAUUGGGCUGGGCGUCGGGGAGGAUCACUUACUCUCGCUCCCCGCCGCGGGGGUGGUGCUCAGCUGUUUGGCCGCCGCGACAUGGCUGGUGCUGAGGCUGAGACUGGGCGUCCUCAUGAUCGCCUUGACUAGCGCGGUCAGGACGGUGUCCCUCAUUUCCUUAGAGAGAUUCAAGGUCGCUUGGAGACCUUACCUGGCGUACUUGGCCGGCGUGCUGGGGAUCCUCCUGGCCAGUUACGUGGAACAAAUCUUGCCUCAGUCGGCGGGGGCGGCUCCGAAGGAGCAUUUUGGGUCCCAGCUGAUUGCUGGGACCAAGGAAGAUAUCCUGGUGUUUAAGAGGAGGAGGCGGUCCAGCUCCGUGGUGUCCACCGAGAUGUCGGGCUGCAGCAGCAAGUCCCAUCGGAGGACCUCCCUGCCCUGCAUACCGAGGGAACAGCUGAUGGGGCAUUCUGAAUGGGACCACAAGCGGGGGCCCAGAGGAUCCCAGUCUUCAGGAACCAGUAUUACUGUGGAUAUUGCUGUGAUGGGCGAGGCCCACGGCCUUAUUACGGACCUUCUGGCAGACCCUUCCCUGCCCCCAAACGUGUGCACAUCCUUGAGGGCAGUGAGCAAUCUGCUGAGCACACAGCUCACCUUCCAGGCCUUUCACAAGCCCAGAGUUAACCCCAUCAUUUCCUUCAGUGAAAACUAUACCUGCUCUGACUCUGAAGAAAGCGCUGAAAAAGACAAGCUGACUAUUCCCAAGCGCCUGAGAAGGAGUUUGCCUCCAGGAUUAUUGAGACGUGUUUCAUCUACUUGGACAACCACCACCUCAGCCACUGGCCUGCCUACAUUGGAGCCUGCACCAGUUCGGAGGGACCGUAGUGCCAGCAUCAAGUUACAUGAAACACCUCUGUCCAGCCCUGAUUCUUGGAAUAACCCAGUCAUGAUGACUCUCACCAAAAGCAGAUCCUUCUCAUCUUCCUAUGCUGUUUCUGCAGCUAAUCAUGUAAAGGCUAAAAAGCAAAAUUGGCCAGAUGCCCUAGCUAAGAUUUCUCCACUCUCUUCACCCUGCUCUUCACCUAUCCAAGGGACACCGGCCAGCAGCCCUAUCAGCAAAAUUUCUACAGUGCAGUUUCCUGAAUCUGCAGAAACAACGGCUAAACCAGGCCUAAGUUCUCACAGGACCUUAGCUUAUUAUACUCAGAGUGCUCCAGACCUAUCCCCUCAGAUCCUGACUCCGCCUGUUAUUUGUAGCAGCUGUGGCAGACCAUAUUCCCAAGGAAAUCCUGCUGAUGGGCCACUGGAGAAAGGCAGUAUGACCAUUAGGACACCAAGCAGAACAGAUGACACAGCUCAGGUUACCUCUGACUAUGAAACCAAUAACAACAGUGACAGCAGUGAUAUUGUGCAGAAUGAAGAUGAGACUGAGUGCCAAGGAGAGCCACUGAGGAAAGCAUCAGCUUGCAAUACCUACACCCCGGAGGCCAUGAUGUUCCUGGACAAACCAAUUCUUGCUCCUGAACCUCUUGUCAUGGAUAAUUUGGACUCAAUUAUGGAGCAGCUAAAUACAUGGAAUUUUCCAAUUUUUGAUUUGAUGGAAAAGAUAGGAAGAAAAUGUGGCUGUAUUCUUAGUCAGGUAUCAUAUAGACUUUUUGAAGACAUGGGCCUCUUUGAAGCUUUCAAAAUACCAGUUAGGGAAUUUAUGAAUUACUUUCAUGCUUUGGAAAUUGGAUACAGGGAUAUUCCUUAUCAUAACAGAAUCCACGCCACUGACGUCUUACAUGCUGUUUGGUAUCUUACUACACAACCUAUUCCAGGACUUUCAACUGUGAUUAAUGAUCAUGGGUCAGCAAGUGAUUCAGAUUCUGACAGUGGAUUUACACAUGGACAUAUGGGAUAUGUAUUCUCAAAAAUGUAUAGUGUGCCAGAUGAUAAAUACGGAUGUCUGUCUGGUAAUAUCCCUGCCUUAGAGUUGAUGGCACUGUAUGUUGCUGCAGCCAUGCAUGAUUACGAUCACCCAGGAAGGACCAAUGCCUUUCUGGUUGCAACUAGUGCUCCUCAGGCGGUGCUAUAUAACGAUCGUUCCGUUUUGGAGAAUCAUCAUGCAGCUGCUGCAUGGAAUCUUUUCAUGUCCCGGCCAGAGUAUAACUUCUUAGUUAACCUUGACCAUGUGGAAUUUAAGCAUUUCCGUUUUCUUGUCAUUGAAGCCAUUUUGGCCACUGACCUGAAGAAACACUUUGACUUCGUAGCCAAAUUUAAUGCCAAGGUAAAUGAUGAUGUUGGGAUAGAUUGGACCAAUGAAAAUGAUCGUCUAUUGGUUUGUCAAAUGUGUAUCAAGUUGGCUGAUAUAAACGGACCAGCAAAAUGUAAGGAACUCCAUCUUCAGUGGACAGAGGGUAUUGUCAAUGAAUUCUAUGAACAGGGUGAUGAAGAAGCCAGUCUUGGGCUACCAAUAAGUCCUUUCAUGGACCGUUCUGCUCCUCAGCUAGCCAAUCUUCAGGAAUCUUUCAUCUCUCACAUUGUGGGUCCUUUGUGCAAUUCGUAUGACUCAGCUGGACUAAUGCCAGGAAAGUGGGUGGAAGACAGUGAUGAGUCAGGAGAUACUGACGACCCAGAGGAAGAGGAGGAAGGAGAGGAAGCACCAACUGAAGAGGAAACCUGUGAAAAUAGCGGAUCUCCAAGAAAGAAGACUUUCAAAAGGAGGAAAAUCUACUGCCAAAUAACUGAGCACCUCCUGCAGAACCACAAGAUGUGGAAAAAAGUAAUUGAAGAAGAGCAGCGGUUGGCAGGCCUGGAGAAGCAGCCCAAGGACCAGUCCUCACAGCAGCACUGCUCAGAACAGAUCCAGGCCAUCCGGGAAGAGGAGGAAGAGAAAGGAAAGCCAAGAGCAGAGGAGAUCCCAUCUCCAAAGCCAAACCAGUGACAAUAGGUGGAACAAGCUGUGUUUCCAAACAGAUUGACUUGUCACAGGCUCUUUUCAAGCCAGCACAACGCUUAAGACACAACACUGUAGAAAUAUGAGAAGAUGGGCAAAUGGCUAUUAUGUAUUUGAAUUCUUUGCAUUUUCUGUGUUCAUUUUUACAGUGAAGUACCUUGUUUAAACUUCUGCUCAAAGAAGCUUUCACAUUGCAGCACCAGCUUCUAAGAUUUUUCUUUUUUUUUGGAGGAAAUACAUAUAUGUGUGUGUGUAUACAAGUGCACACAUAGAUGCGUGUAAAUCAUAUUCGCACACACGCGCGCGUGCACACAUGCACAAACACCGAAAGCCAGAUUACUGGCCUGUAAUUUAGUAUCAUUCAUAUUAAAAUAUAUAGUGGUCACUGUGAUAUAAUAAAUCAUAAAAGAAAGCAAAUCAUAAGGAAAUGGUGCAGCUUAGCAAGGAGAAAGUACAGCAAAUGUAGGUUACCUGCUAGUAAGCAGCUUUUGCUCUUAAUUCUGAGGGCUGAAAGUUCCAGAGCAUUAUUAUUUGAAUUCUGAUACAUCCUGCCAAUACCGUGUGUGUGUGUGCGUGUGUGCAUGCACACUUGUGCAUUUGCACAUGUGUAUGUGAAAGCAAUGAUUGAGAGGGUGCUUGUGUAUAUGUGUGUUGGUAUGAAUGUAAAGAGAUUUUUAUAGUUUUAGUAAUUCCUAAAUUAAAUGUAGUCAGUGACUCAGUACAUGUGAACAAACAGAAAGACCUUCAUUCUGGGUUGUCUUUGAGAGACAGCUAUUCCAGAUGCCUCCUCCAUUUACCUUCAAUAAAGGUUCCCUUGCCAAUAGAGUGGGCUGGUUGAGAGGGCCACGUAAUUGAUACUACUGCCCUGCACCACUUGGAGGCACUCAAAGACCAGCCUCAAAUCUGAAGAAGAGGCAUCUUUCCAUUUUGCACACCUAGUGAAUGUAUAGGAACUAUUUGUCUCUGGGUCUGUGUGCCUCUCAAGAUCAAAACACCAUUUAAGGGAAUGGCUUUCUUCACACAUAAACACUUCUUAUAAAGACCAGAGUCCAGUCCUUUAAGCAGGUUAGAUCUAAAAAAGUUGUUGGAGAAGUCCUGGGUAAUUACACUAACAGUCAUCUCCUCUGACUCUUAUUUGCUGCAAAAUAUGUGG